AUGAAGAAGAUGAUAGCUCUAGGGUUUGAGGGUUCAGCCAACAAGAUUGGUGUUGGGGUUGUCACCUUAGAUGGCACAAUUUUGUCAAACCCACGCCACACAUACAUUACCCCUCCCGGCCAAGGGUUCCUUCCCCGCGAAACUGCACAACACCAUCUCCAACACAUUCUCCCGUUGAUUAAAUCUGCUCUGGAAACUGCCCAAAUAACGCCCAAGGAAAUUGAUUGCCUUUGUUACACCAAGGGUCCUGGCAUGGGAGCACCAUUACAAGUUGCUGCCAUUGUUGUUAGGGUUCUUUCACAGCUUUGGAAGAAGCCCAUUGUUGCAGUUAAUCAUUGCGUUGCACAUAUUGAGAUGGGGAGGAUUGUGACAGGUGCAGAUGAUCCUGUUGUGUUGUAUGUCAGUGGUGGGAACACACAGGUAAUUGCAUACAGUGAAGGGAGGUAUCGAAUCUUUGGAGAGACCAUUGAUAUCGCUGUUGGAAAUUGCUUGGAUCGGUUCGCCAGGGUAUUAACACUCUCCAAUGACCCAAGCCCUGGAUAUAACAUUGAGCAGCUUGCAAAGAAAGGAGAACAGUAUAUAGACCUUCCUUAUGCUGUGAAAGGGAUGGAUGUGUCUUUUAGUGGAAUUUUGAGCUACAUUGAAGCCACUGCUGUGGAGAAGCUCAAGAAUAGCGAGUGCACCCCUGCAGAUCUAUGCUACUCACUCCAGGAAAAUGUGUUUGCAAUGCUUGUGGAGAUAACGGAGCGUGCAAUGGCACAUUGUGACAAGAAAGAUGUCCUUAUUGUUGGCGGUGUAGGUUGCAACGAACGCUUGCAAGAGAUGAUGAGAACUAUGUGCUCUGAACGGGAUGGAAGGUUGUUUGCAACUGAUGAUAGGUAUUGUAUUGAUAACGGUGCCAUGAUUGCUUAUACAGGUCUUCUUGCUUUUGCUCAUGGCGCAUCAACCCCGUUUGAGGAAUCGACUUUUACGCAACGGUUCCGAACUGAUGAAGUGGAAGCAAUCUGGAGACUAAAAGAGGAGUCAGAAAAACUUAAACGGGUUCAUGGAUGA